AUGUUCAUAUUUGUAGUCCUGUGGCUUGGGGCUUGUACUCUUACUGCCCCCACGGUUGAGGGAUGGGGUUUCAUGGAGCCCCAGCACCAGGCUGAGACUGCAGCAGGUGCAGCUGUGGUGGAAGCAACUCUCUCAGCCCAGCCAAUCCUGACCUUGAAAAAUAAAGAAGAUGAUGAUGGGGACAGAAGUGAGAGCAUGGGCAAGAAAGGAGAAGGCGAUGACCAGCUUUUGGUGACCACCAACCCUCCACAUCCUGCUUCUCUCAAUGAGGUGAAAGAUGACACUGAAAGAGAAGCACAAAGUGUCAACAAACAACUGAUGGAUGAAGAUGAUGAAAGUGAUGAGGAUGAGGAUGAAAGUGAUGAGGAAGACAAUGAUGACGAAGAUGACAAGGAUGACAGUGAGGAGGAUGGAGAUGAUAAUGAUAACGAGGAUGAAGAGGAUGAUGAGGACAAGGAGGAGGAGGUAAACAAUGGCCAUGCAGAUCCCCUUCCCGACGCAAAGUUGGCCAACAGGACCAGCUUCACAGAUCCCCUUCCAGACGGAUGUCGACAGGCUGAUUCCCGAAUUACCUGCCAGGGUCUCUACAUCACCCACCUGCCAAACAUCACUGGCCUGGGAGUCACGGCCUUCCAGCUGUCGGCCAGUCAGGUGCGUAAGAUCCCUGUGAGAUCCCUGGCUGGGCUGCCCCACCUGGAGGGGCUGGAUCUCCGUCAGAAUGAGCUGACCGACACCUCCCUCGCUCCCACCCUGUUCCGAAAUCUGUCAAUCCUGAAGAAACUCAACCUGGACAACAACAAUCUGACAAAGAUCCCACUUCUGCCACAAUCGCUUGAGGUGCUCAAGAUCAAUGACAACAAAAUCAGCUGGCUGACACCCCAAAGCUUCAAAGGUUUGUUCAAACUGCUGACUCUGGAACUCCAAGGCAAUGGCCUCCAUGAGGGAAAGGUGUCCCCUCUGACCUUCAGACCCCUCCGGAAACUAAUCCACCUACGACUGGAUGACAACCAGUUUAGAGCAAUCCCAUCAGGGCUACCUCCCUCCCUUCAGAGGCUCCGGUUCUCACAAAACCAAUUGGAGGAGUUGACAGUAAACUCUCUGAAGCUGAUUCGGCUUAAGGUUCUGGAUCUGAGUCAGAACAGGCUGCAGGAUGCCCGCAUAGCACCACAAGCAUGGACACAUCUACCGUUGCUGGAGGUUCUUGACCUGUCCCACAACGAGCUUCUCCGCAUUCCCUCCUUCUUGCCGGUCCCUCUGCGACAGCUCUCUGUGCACCACAACCAGAUUGGGAGCAUCCCUGGCUUGGUGUUUAGUCACCUCCGACCAGGCCUCGUGUACCUGCAUCUGGCGCAUAACAGGUUGGAUGAGGGUGGCUUGGAAACUGCAGCCUUUCAGAGCAUGGAAGACACACUGGUUCAACUGCUGCUGGACCACAACCAGCUGCGGUCUGUCCCAUUGGCACUUCCACGACUUCGAGCUCUGCGGUUGCUUCGGCUCGACCACAACCUCAUCAGAUACAUCCCGCCGAACUCCAUCUGUGGCACCCAGAUACACAAGAACUCCACCCUGGUCUCCCUCCAUCUGGAGAACAACCCGAUUGACUGCAGUAAUGUCCAGCCUGCCACUUUCUCCUGUGUCGAGGAUGUUUGGGGACUUCAUCCCCAGUGCCACAAGGGGGAAGAAUAG